UGUGCACACCACUCCCAGAAUCCUUUAGAGGGCGCAUUUCCAGCAACUCCCAGAGGGCCCAUUUCUAGAAAGUUCCACGUGAGAGGCACCACAGCCUCACUGCCAUCGUGCGGGUUACUGCCAGGCUCCGGGAACAAGGAAAUGAUGACCGAUAAAGCAGAGGAGUCUGCUGUUGGGCCCGAGAACCAAAUGAAAUGUCGUGGAGAACCCAUGACUUCUCCUCUGUGUAAGAGAAGACUGACCAUGGCAAUGCUGUCAGUGAUGCCGGAAGGAGAGGGAGCAUCCGAGGCCGGGGGCUCAGCCGUGUGUUUGGAAGAUGAUGAUCCCAAGGUCACCGCAGUAUCUGUGCUGGAAGAAGGGCUAGGGAAACUGCCAAAAACGAUGGAAAUCACUGCGGAAAUGAAACAUCAAUUGGAGAAGGAAAUUCAAAGAUUUGGACAACAAUAUGAUAGAGUCUUCAAACUGCUUGAAGGAGUGCAAGAACCUCUGGAAUUGCGGCAAAAAUUUUGUUGCAUUUUGCAGGAGGAAGGCAACAAGAUUUAAAAGACAAGACUUAAUAAGCCACCUUGAGACAGUACUAGAAAAAUUGGAAUCAGACCAAAUUCUCAACGAAGAUAAUCCCACCCCAAAUUUAUAAUCCUACUAGUGAAAUGAUCAAUAACAAACCAGAACAAGAUGGCUGCCUUAGAAUGGAACCUGAUAUUGUUGAUGCCUCCUCACAUGUGUUAGUUAAGACAAUUGUCUUCUUGAGGCUAAGAAAAAGAGUUGGAACUUAAAUGUUAUAAAUUUCUGUUAUUAAAAGCUGGGCAUUUUCCCUAA